UUUUUUUUUAGAUUUCCCCCUAGUCAUCGUUGCUCCCAGUUUUACACUAUCACUCUCAGUCAUAACAUAUAUUAUCUUCCUUCACUGGUUCUCUUUUUAACUUUGCAAUUAUGCCUUUGGAAAACCUGGAGGAAGAGGGUUUACCUAAAAACCCCAAUCUGAGAAUAGCUCAGCUGAAGUUUCUUCUGUCUCUGGACGAUCACAAACACGACGCUAAAGUAAAGAGCGAGCUGAUGGAGGCCAUCAAACAGAACAAUAUGGCACCGUAUUACGAAGCCCUGUGCAAAGAGUUGAAAUGGCAGGGGGACAUGGAUCUGUUAAGUAAGAUGAAGAAAUCCAACGAGGAUGAACUGAAACGGCUGGAUGAUGUUUUGGAAGAUGCUGAGAAGAACCUUGGAGAAAGUGAGAUCAGGGAUGCCAUGAUGGCCAAAGCUGAAUACCUCAUACGCAUUGGUGACAAGGAAGGGGCAUUGACUGCUUUCAGGAAGACCUAUGACAAGACGGUUGCACUUGGCCAUCGCUUAGAUAUUGUCUUUUAUCUGCUGAGGAUCGGCCUGUUUUAUAUGGACAACGACCUCAUCACCCGCAACACAGAGAAAGCCAAAAGCCUGAUUGAAGAGGGUGGUGACUGGGACAGGAGGAAUCGCCUGAAGGUGUAUCAGGGCCUGUACUGUGUGGCCAUUCGGGAUUUCAAGCAGGCAGCAGAGCUCUUUCUAGACACCGUCUCAACAUUCACCUCGUAUGAGCUUAUGGAUUACAAGACUUUUGUCACAUACACUGUGUAUGUGUGUAUGAUCGCACUGAAGAGGCCGGACCUCAGAGAGAAGGUUAUUAAAGGUUCAGAGAUCUUGGAGGUAUUGCACAGUUUACCUGCUAUUCGUCAGUACCUCUUCUCUCUCUAUGAGUGCCGUUAUUCUGUAUUCUUCCAGUCAUUGGCUCGAGUGGAACAAGAAAUGAAGCAAGACUGGUUGUUUGCUCCUCAUUACCGUUACUAUGUUCGAGAGAUGCGCAUACUGGCCUACAGCCAGCUACUAGAAUCCUACCGCUCCCUCACACUGGGAUACAUGGCUGAGGCUUUCGGAGUCAGCACAGAAUUCAUCGACCAGGAACUCUCGCGAUUCAUUGCUGCAGGACGUUUACAUUGCAAGAUCGACAAAGUCAAUGAGAUUGUGGAAACCAACAGACCUGAUAGUAAGAACUGGCAGUACCAAGAAACCAUCAAGAAGGGAGAUCUCCUGCUCAACAGAGUGCAGAAGCUGUCUAGAGUGAUUAACAUGUAGUCCUGCAUGUUGUGGCUUACCGAUACAUUUUCUUGCAAAACCUGACUUUUGUUUUAUGUACAGUAUAUAAUAAAACUGAAUUGAAGAAAACCAUUUGUAUUUGAGAGAGUG